CUCGAACCUAGCUGUGUGCACUUCAGCAGCUCAGCCAGCAAGAGGGGAGAGCGGCAGAGGAGGGAGGGAGGGAGGAGGAUGAGCGGCAGCGUGGAGACGCAGGCGCGGGCGUUCGCAGACGAGGUGCGCGGCGGCGCCCUGGAGGCGAAGAACUGGAUGCUGGACCUCGGCCACCCACUCCUCAACCGCAUCGCCGAGAGCUUCGUCAAGGCCGCCGGGAUCGGCGCAGUGCAAGCAGUAGCGAGGGAGUCGUACUUCAUGGCCAUCGAAGGCGAGGGAGGAUCGGUGUCCGGCGCCACCGGCUCCAGGAAACGCUCGUUCCCGGAACUGAAUGGGACGAACAGUGGUAGCAAGUCGGCCGAGGCCAUGGUGAAAAACGUGAGCAAAGAGUCGUUACAGUGGGGACUCGCGGCUGGCGUGCACUCCGGCCUGACCUACGGCCUGACGGAGGUGCGCGGGGCGCACGACUGGCGGAACAGCGCCGUGGCGGGCGCCAUCACGGGCGCCGCCGUCGCGCUCACGUCGGACCGCGCGUCACACGAGCAGGUCGUGCAGUGCGCCAUCGCCGGCGCCGCGCUCUCCACGGCCGCCAACGUGCUCUCUGGCAUAUUCUGAUUCCGUCCUGAGCCCGCCGGCCGAAGCGCAGGCGCGCCGUCGCGCUAGCUGCCAUCCUCGGUGGAUGCUGGCGGCUAGUUCUGUCGCGCUGGUGGCCACUCUUGUGAUCUUUUCGUUGCGGAGUCCGCGCGCUCUGUUGAACGGCGCACCCUCAUCUUGCUAUCGUUAUGUUCUAGACUUCUAGUAGCCCCGUUCUACGAUAGUUUGGGGUGUUGUAUCAUGGAUACUUUCAGCUAUCUUGUAAGCGGACUAGAGGAUAUUGAUUUGUAGGCUUGCCGUUACCGUCGCCAUUGCA